AUGUCGCCCAAGAAAUCGCCGCCCGCGAGGAAACAGCCAGUCGCUGACAAUAAUGGUUAUGAGUUCGAUGAUGCGGAUAGGCUGCCAGAUGUGGAAGUGCUCGCUGGAAAGCUCAAGUCACCUGGGAAGGGAAAGGAAACACUAUUCAAGCUGCUUAAGCAACUGGCGGCCGCACUGGAGGCAGCCCCUCAGGAUGUGGAGGCUAUGGGCGGUGCGAAAGGAAGCCUGCCGCAGCUGCUUUUACAAUAUGCAACAGCUGAGAGCGCAAACAAGAAAAUACGGCUGUAUUGUGCGCUGUGCAUCAUGCAUGUGAUGCGUCUGUACGCGCCCGACAUUCCAUACGAUGACGAGGGCCUCAAGGAGGUGUUUGAGCUGCUGCUUACCUGCUGGACCCAACUGGCGGAUACGGGCGAACCGGAGGCGUUCGAGCUCUGCCACGCGACGCUCAAGAUCUUUGCUGAUGUCAAGUUCUUCAUCCUCAUGCUGGACCUGGAGGACGCAGAGCUGGUGCCCAGGACAUUUCGAACUCUACUGCAAGCAGCACGGCCGGAAAACCUGCAGGCCCUGGAGGGCCCCCUGUUGGCGGUCUUGAGUGGCAUCUUGGAGGAGCUGGGUCAGCCCCCCCAGGAGCUGUGUGACCUGGUGCUGGCGGCGCUGGCGUGCCCAGCCGUUGCGGGCGGCCCAGCAGCUGGGGGCACCCGCGGCAAGGCCACGCCGCCAGCGGCGGAGGCGCAAUACACGGUUGCUGUGCAGCGGUUGGCGACGCAGCUCCUAACCUCCCGGGACAGUGCCCUGCGGGGCGCACUACAGCGGCAGGUGCUGUUCAUCGUGCGCAAAAGCCUGCAGGACGAUGCCAACGCCGCAGCUGGGGGCGCUGCGGCCGGUGGUGGGGCCCGGGGCGGGAAGAAGGUUGCGGCUGCAGCCAGCAGGGUGGUUGCCGAAGGCGCGCCGUGCGAUACGUUCACGCUCCUCAAUGGGCUUCGCACCUCGGCUCCGCUACUGCUGCUUCCCGUGGUCCCCGAGCUCAAGGCGCAGCUGCGGCAUGAGGAAGACAGCCACCGCGCCGCUGCGGCGGAGCUGGUCAUGCGCCUCAUGGCGGCUCCGCCACCGGCGGCGGCGGUGGCGGCACUCCAGCAGCAGACAUCGUCCAUGGGCCUGGCCUCCGGUGCACCGGGGACGGGUGCGGCAGUGGCAUCGCUGGCGACGCAGUACCCCGAUCUCUUCCAGGAGCUGCUGUCGCGCUUCGCUGACCAGUCGUCGUCGCUGCGGCAGCAGAUGCUGUUACGCACGGGUCAGAUGGCAGCUGUGGCGGCGGCGGCACAGCCCGAUGGUGCGCUGGAGCGUCAGGUUCUGACCGCCGCGCGUGACAGGCUGCAUGACUUUGAUGACAAGGCGCCGCCCGGCUGGGGCUCUGGGGGGCAGUUGGCCGCGGCGGCGGCUACGCCACCAGUGCUGUACGAUAACGACCUGGACACUGUACUGCAAAAUGUGGGAAUGCGGCUCCGUGACCUCAAGAUUGGGGUGAGGAAGGACGCAGCGGCGGGGCUGCUAGUGGCAUGGAGAAGCGCCUGUGAGGCGUUGCAUCAGGGCGCGCUGUCGCUGCCUGGACUGGUUCGAAGCGUGGGUUGGAUACCCGCUCGGCUCUGUAUGGAGGCUGUUAGGGAGCUGGAGCUGCGGCCGCACAUCAUGGCGCAGCUGGCAGCGCCGCCCAGUCCGCACCAGCUGCUGCACCACACGCACGGCAGUGUCGGCGCGGCCGGCAGCGGGACCACGGGGCGGACGGCGCCGGGCAUGGUGUCUGCGACCCUGGGGAAGCAGCUGGGCGCUGCGGUGUGGGCGGCGCUGUGGGCUUCGUACGGCGAUGCGGAGCGCUCGGCGGUACGGAAGCUCAUGAUGCUCAAAGCCCAAGUGGCCACUGAGCUACAGCAGCUGGUGGAUUUGAGGCGGCGGCUGCGUACGGUGGCGGCUGCGGUGGCGGGGUGCGGUGCGGUGGAUGGAUCUCCUCCGUCGAGCCCGGAAGCAGCGCAGCGCAACCUGCAGCGGAUAGAGCGGCGGGUGGCAGCUGUUUGCCGCAGCCUUGCCCGCGCUGCUGGCGGCCCUGCGGCCGCAUGGACCCGUGGGUCCGAGCAGCUGUGGGCCCUGCUUGACUCCGCCAAGGACAACUUCUUCUGGGAUCGACUCGGGGAGCUGGCGGCGCCGGGGAGCAACCCCGAGGCCCUGGCUACAGCACGCAAGGACGCCCUGUCCCGCCUGCCCAAUGGGGGCUCCAAGUCGCCCGUCGCGGACCUCAUCACCCGGAUCGGCCAUACCGCCCAGCCCACGCUGCUAUCACCCAGCCACGUGGCAGGGUUGAUGGGGGCGGUUGGCAUGGCCGGCGACGCCAACGACAGCGCCAUCUCCGCCGCCGCGAGUUUCGCCGUCGCUGCGGCCAAGUCCGCUCCCGGGCUGUGCUGCACUGCGAUGCCGCUGGUGGUGUCCAUCGUCACCACAGAGCCGCCGCGACCGGAGCUGGCGUGUACGACUGCCGUGCGUGUACUGCGCCACACCGCGCGGCACUGCGGUAUUGCAGCCACGGAGUCGCCCAAUGCCCAAACCGGCAUUGGCGCCAGCCCGGGUGGCGCUAAACCUGGAGGCGCUGGGCAUGGAGGUCGGGAUCAGCUGGAAAAUGGUGACGAUGCGGAGCGGGAAGCGGAGGACGAGGAGCUUGAGGACAAAGCCAAGGAAGGGGAGCAGGAGGGGGCGACACCAGUGCGUGGGAAGAAGCGCGCUCGAACGGAGGGACCUUCAGGCGCUGCUGCCGUCUCGGACGGCGCCGCGCGCCGCGUAACUCGCGGACAACAACAACAACAACAGCAGCAGCAGCAGCAAGAGCAAGAGCAGCAGCGGGGAGUGGAGAAGCUGGCGCCCGCUUCGCCGGACUGCCACAAGCAGCGCACUGCUGCUCUGACACUCGCUCUGACGGCUCUCAGCCAAGGGCCCUACCCCAAGGCAGCUAAGGCUGCGGUGCAUGCUCUGUGGGCAGUGCUGGGUCCCGAGGGAGGAAAAUCCGCGGUGACGCAGCUAGCGUCACAGCUGAUGGCCCAGCUGCGGCCCGGUAUGGAGGUAUUGGCGUCCACACCGGCUGUGUUGCAGGCCAUGGCAAGCGUAGGCGAGGUGGCGCCGGGUGUCUUCGCAGAGCAUGUGGAUGGCUUCUGCAAAUUCGUUUCAAAGCACUACAUGCUGGCUACAUUGAAGCCCCCUGUCGCCGCUGGUGCACGAAAAGGCAUUGGAGGGAACACCAAGGCACCGCCCUUCCCGAGCAAGGGCGACGCGGCCUGGGAGGAGCCUCCAUAUGGCAUCGGGCUCAAGGUCCGGGCUCUGCGGGCGCUGGCUCGCGGCUGCACGCCCGACGCCGCUGCCCCGGCUGCCACCGCAGUCGCCGUGCCGGCGGCGACCACCGCCGCAGUCUCCGCGCACGUGGAAGGCCUGCUCGUCCAACUAGUAUCCAUCGUGGAUGACGUGUCUGAGUACGGCGCCACCAGCGCCUUGGAUAGGGCCCAUCUCUGCGUUGCCGCCGCACGGGCUUUGCUGCACCUUGCGAAGCGCCAUGACUCCCGGCUGUUGGCGUCGUCAUACGUGUCGCUUGCGUUGACGAUGCAGGACCCCGUUAUGGAAGUCCGACAGGCAUUCGGAGAGCAGGUGCGACUCUUCCUGCAGUCUGCGUUGCAGCACCGGCUGAGACCGCACGUGAUCGCCAAGUACGCGGCGCUACUGCCGCUGGCUUGCGUGGAUCCUCGACCCGAGCACAGGGACACCGCCGGCCGCAUGCUGCGGGAGGUAGUGCUGGUGCAGCGAGCAAGGGCUCAGGAGGCAGCCAUGGAGGCGGCCAACACCACCAACACAGCUGCUCCCGCUGCUGGCGGCUCUUCCGCCGCCUCCUCGCGGCCCUCCCUGGCCGACCUCCCCGAGUUCAUGUUGGCGUUUCUGGUGUACAUUCUCGCGCACCACCCAGACUGCCCCGAGGUCCCGGAGUCCCCUUCCCAGGAGGGCGUCAGCAGCCGCCAGCAGCCGUCAGGAAAUGUGGCGGCGGCUCCGCCGCAGCUGGAGGAGUUCCAGCCCUUUCAGGACAUGUUACAGUUUGCACUGGAGCCACUGAUGGUGGCACCUGCUACGCACCAGGCCGCGGGCGGUGGUGGUAGUAGUGCGGUUGGUGCCACUGCCACUGCGACUGUCGGCGGCGUGGGUGAGGCCCUUCCGGCGGUGUGCAAGGUGCUCCGCAGCGUGAAGCUGCAGAUGCAGGACGCAGAUGAGACGUUCGAGCCUCCAGCCACUCGGACGAUGCGCACGCUGGCCGACAUGGGCAUUGCUGUCGCCAAGGCCAUCGUACAGCGGGAGCUGGCCGCCGCUGCCGCCACCCUUAAGGACGGCCGUCACCAUCGCGGCGGCGGUCUCCGGACGGACGGCUCCUGCCUGCCCCCGAGCUAUCAGGUGGUCCUCAACCCCGCAGUGGCGGAGAUGGGCCGGAGGAACCCUGCUGCUGCUGCGGCGGCGGCGGCUGGCGCUGCGGGACAGCCCACCGGCGUCAGUCUUGGCUCAGGACGCGUCCCCGCCGGCGAGACGGAGCGGGCGGAGGGGGCCAUGCAGGACGGCACGGAGGGAGCGGCGGCGGCGCAGGCAGCUGAGGACGAGGCGGAAGAGGGUGGGGAUGGGGAUGGGGCGAAGCGGUCCCCUGCGAAACGGGGGCCCCUUGGCGGCCACCGCAGCGCAAAGCGAAAAACGGAGGGCGCGGCGGCGGGCAGGGACGGGGAAGAGCACGGGGCCGUGGCGAAGAAAGGCCGCCGGGAGCCGGCACCGCUGUCACCACCGGCGGCGAAGAAAGCCGGGGGAAGCGGUGCUGGCCGCGGCCGGGGUGGCGCCUGCGGUGGCGAUGGCGGCAGCAACAAAGGAAAGGGUCGGACCAGCGGCGCUACGAAGGCUGGGGGCGGUUCCGGAGCUGCUAAGCGGCGUCGUGCCGGGGGCUAUGAGAGCCUUAGCGAGGGGGAGCCAAGCUCCUCUAGCGAAGAGGAGGACGAGGAGGAAGAGGAGGAAGAGGACGAGCAGGAGGAGGAGCUGGUCGAAGAUGUCCGCGUGAGCAUCAAGGCAGUAGCACCGAAACACGGCGCAGCGGCUGCUGCUGACAAAGGCAAAGGCACGGGUGGUCGUGCUUCGGCGGUGAUGGCGGAGAAAGGGAAACAGAAGCUCGCUGCCGCUGGUUCAGCAGCUGCUGUGGCGGCGGCGGCGGCCAAGGCGCCAGGCAUAACCGCGAAACCGCAGCAGCGGCGUGGUGCAGCUGGGCAGCGACAGGCGGCUUCCGGGCAGGAGGAGGAGGUGGAGGAGGAGGUAGAUGAGUACGAGUUGCCGGAAGAAGAUAGUGAUAAUGGUAGUGGUGCAGGUGGCGAGGUUGCCGAGCCAAAGGUGAAGCCGAGGGCAAAGGCAGGCAGGGGACGCGCUGCACAGCCCGCAGCUGCUGGCAGCGGCGUAAAACCACGACAGCCGCAGCGACAGCAGCAGCAGCAGCAGCAACGUAAAGGCCCGGGCUCCCGGCUGAAGUCACAGCCGGCACAGCAGCGACAGCACAGGAAAGAGGUGUCGGACGAUGAGGAUAACGAUAAGGCGGCUGAUGAUGUCCAUGAGGCGGAAGGCGCUGAAGAUGAUGAUGAUGACGACGAUGAUAAGGAGAACACCGCAGUCGGAAGUGGGGAUGCGUGGAGAGGCAGCGCCGGCGGCGAUACCGCAGCUAGUUCUGGCCUUGGAGCGGGCAAGUCGCUGCCGGCUCGCAAGGGCGCUCAGGGCCCGGUCAAGGACAGGGAAGCACGCGAUCGGCGGAUACAAUUAGCUACUACUGCUGCUGCUGCUACUGCGGCGGCGGCUGCGGCCGCGGUGGCGGGGCCAUCCAAUGGCACCCGCAAGCCGCCGCCACGCCGCGAUGGCACUGCUGCCCAGCAGCACCUCCGCCAGCGACAGCAGCGACAGCCCACCAGGCCCGCCCCAGAACCCCAGCAGUACGUCUUCGACGACGAUGAAGAUGGGGAUCAUGCAGACGAUGAAGCGUAG